AACUGACUGGUAGUUUGUUUUGUUAUGAAUGUUGUCUUUUCUUUGCUUAAUUUUCAUACGCAAACCGCAUUGAGUAGAGAUCAAUGUCGAGAAUAGCAAAAAAGUGAGUUUAUUCUGUAACAAAAACCAACUCUUCUGCUGCCUACUGAUGACUACGAACACCGACGCAGGGUGGUGUGCGAGUGCGAACAAUUAUUUUUAGCACCAUAUGAAUCUGUGAUGUAGCUUCGUUCGGACACCCUGAAAUCCCGUCCCGUUACAAAAAAAGCAACUACUGUACGAUUGAAGUGGAGCCGCAGGCAUGACGCUACCACCUCCUCAACCUGUAAUAAGCGAACCGUACAAAGUGGUUCCGAUCCACAAACACCGUGAGCUGAUGGACCAGUGCAUAGCACUAAUAAAUUCGGAAUGGCCUCGAUCAUACACCGCCCGGCUGUGGAGUUUGGAAUCAUCGAAGGAAACACUACCGACCAGCUUCGUGCUGACGACGACGGACAUAAAAGAUGAAACCAUCGUGCUAGCUCAUGCCAAACUCUCUCCCAUUCCGGCGGAUCGGGAGGCUGUGUUUGUGGAAAGCGUAGUGGUUACACGGGAGCGGCGUGGCCAAGGAAUUGGGAGACUGUUGAUGCAAGAAGUGGAAAAGCAUUGCUUCCACAAGCUGCAUCUUAAGAAAAUUUACCUUUCCACGAUUGAUCAGCAAGCAUUUUACGCGAAACUUGGAUACAAACUAUGCAGUGCAAUUAACAUUUUCGGGUCACGUCCCACGCUUAACAAGAGCACCAAGAAAAUAUGGAUGUUCAAGAGUGCGGAUAGUUAG